UAUCAAAGAUGCAUAAACAAAUGUGAUGAUCCUGCGAUGGAUGGAAAGCAUGAUUAGAGGUAGCGUAAUCCAAACGUUACAAGCCAAGCCCUGCCCCGCCCCAUAAGAAUCCCAGAAGGCCAGAAGCAAAAGAAUUAAGUAAGAAAAAGAAGGUGAUUUUGUUGACCAUUAAAGGAAAAACAAAGAAACAUUCUCACGACCUCGACAGAUCACUUUGGUUUGUUACUAUGACGAAUGGGAUCUAAAGCACAUGAUGAGAGAUGAUGAGAGAUGAGAGAUGAGGGUGAAGAAGCAAAAAGACAACAGCAUUAAACAAAGCACCAAAGGAACAUAUAAUUGAAGUAACUUGUAGUAGGCUACUUGCAGGCGUACAGCCAACAAGUCACAGUUUUUCAGUAUGUUCUCCGGCUGUUCCAAAACUGCAUAACAGCAUCUGAUGAUGGUGAUGCUAUGCUCGCUUUUCGCCAAAUUUAGGAAGGAACAUGAACAACCAACCACAGCCUCGUGAUUAAAAUGACACUAAUGCCCCUGGCCAUGAUAACAUUUUCUGGGGGAAAGUGAAGUGAUUAACACCAACACCACCAACUAUAAUUAAUUAGAAAGCUCGCCCCAGCUCUUUCAGUCUGCUAAAAUCCAGAUGUAAAAAAUAAGCCCAACUUGGUUAAUAGAAAUUUAAGACAAAAAACAGUUUAUAUGAUUCCCUCUUGCUGGCUUUCCACAGCAGUGAGACACACUCUCUCUCGCCUUUACCUUUUCUUUUCCCUUGCACAGAGCUCCACUGUGUUUACUACCAAACCUUCCAAAUUCCUUAUACCCUCUUUGUCUCUUUUACCUUCUCUCUCUGAAAAAGGUUUCAUACUGAUUAACACGUAGAAAAAGUAGCAGAACAUUGUCUGUGGGGUCUCCUACUUAAGUGGGUUUCCUACAAGUUCAGAGCUUCAAUCCUCAGGUGGGAGUAUUCUGUUCUUUGAUGUUCAACUCUGAUCAGCAACAACAAUGGCGAGGAACUGGGUUGCACUGGUUCUGAUUUGUGUGGUUCUCUCCGGGGAUUUUUUAUCCGCAUCAGCCAGUCCUCCUGCAAAAAUUGUAACUGGGGUUGUCUCCAAUGUGGUCUCUGCUCUUGUCAAAUGGCUCUGGUCACUGAAAUCCACCACCAAAACCGGCACAGCUGUUUCUGGCCGUUCGAUGGUGAAAUUUGAGGGUGACUAUACGGUGGAUACGGUGUUUGAUGGAAGUAAGCUUGGAAUUGAACCACACACAGUUGAAGUAUCCCCAAGUGGAGACCUUCUGGUGUUGGAUUCUGAAAAUAGCAACAUCUACAAGAUCUCAACGCCAUUGUCUCGGUAUAGCCGACCCAAGCUGAUUGCUGGAUCACCUGAAGGGUACUCUGGGCAUGUGGAUGGGAGGCCAAGAGAAGCAAGAAUGAACCACCCCAAAGGGCUGACUGUGGAUGACAGAGGAAAUAUUUAUAUUGCAGACACAAUGAAUAUGGUUAUCAGGAAGAUAAGUGAUGCUGGGGUCACGACAAUUGCUGGUGGAAAAUGGGGCAGAGGAGGUGGUCAUGUUGAUGGUCCAAGUGAAGAUGCAAAGUUUUCUAGUGAUUUUGACGUGGUAUACAUUGGCAGUAGCUGCUCUCUUUUGGUUAUAGACAGAGGAAACCAGGCAAUUCGAGAGAUCCAACUCCACUAUGAUGACUGUACUGACCACUAUGAUGGAAGUUUCCAUUUAGGAAUAGCAAUGCUGAUUGCAGCUGCCUUCUUUGGUUACAUGCUGGCAUUGCUGCAGCGCAGGGUACAAGCAAUGUUUUCUUCAGAUGAGGAUCGAAGAACUCCUAUGAAGAGAGAUGUACCAAUGGCACUAUAUCCGAGGCCUCCUAAAUCUGUCAGGCCCCCUUUAAUUCCACCUGAAGAUGAACCAGAAAAACUAGAUGAUGGUUUCUUUGGUUCACUAGGGAAGAUUGCCGUUAACACUGGCUCAUCUGUGGCUGAAAUCUUGGGGGGGUUGUUUAUGGGAUUUAGAAGAAAGCCCAUGCAUUAUCAGAUUCAGCAGCAGUAUCAUCAAGCUAACAAACAUUCAAAUGCAUGGCCUAUGCAAGAGAGCUUUGUGAUUCCCGAUGAAGAUGAGCCUCCGUCAAUAGAAACCAGAAGCCCAACCCCAAAGAAAACCUACCCCUUCAUGACCAAAGACCUGGAGAAGUCCCAACAUUUGAAGCAAAGUCAAGCGUACUAUAAUUCAUGGGAUGGUGAAUAUCACCAACAGCAACAACAUCAGAUGCAGAUGCAGAUGCAGAUGCAGCAGCAGCAACAGCAUCAGAUGCAGAUGCAGCAACAGGAACAACAUCAGAUGCAGAUGCAGCAGCAGCAGCAGCAACACCGACAGCAGCAGCAUCACAGGCAAUACUCAUCAAGCCCGAAAACAUUCUACGAGAAGAGCAGCGAGACAAAUGAGAUUGUGUUUGGGGCAGUUCAAGAACAGGAUGGACGACGUGAAGCCGUGGUGAUAAAGGCUGUAGACUAUGGAGAUUCGAGAUACAAUCACCACAACAUUCGACCGCGCUUCAACUAUAUGGGUUAUAAUUCCUCUGGUUAUUGACUGUCCAUCAAGGAACACAAGAAUAUCCUUUAUGUUGCAUGGGAGGUGUGAGGAUGAGUUGUAGGGCUUUGCUGUUUCUUAUAGUUCCUUUCCUUAUUUUCUCAAGGAAAUGUUUAAGUUUUAUAUUGCCAAGCUAGCUAAGUUGAAUGUGUAUUUUCCUUUAUUUAGAAAUCCAAAGAAUCAAGCUAGUCCUGA